AUUUGAUUGGCUGACCUGCCAUCAGUUGGAUCUUGCAUUACAGGAGGUCUGUACAUCAUCAUCAUCUAGGGAGCCUGCGAUAAGAUAAGGCUGGCCGUUGCUUCCGCUGUGAGCACGUCAGAGUCGAGACAUUGUAUGACCAAACUCUCCAUCUCCCUACUUCUUUCCUUUAUUCUACACGGAAGGAGAUGGGAAACUUCAUCCUCCCGUCAUUCUUUUAUUUAAUCAUUUCAUAGAGAGAGAGCCCUUAAUAUUACUGAUUCCAUUGUAUCACAAGUAGACGUUACUCGGCAGACGAGCUGCCUCUCCUUCCCGACGAUGUCGACGCCAUCGAACUCCGAUCAGUCCUUCGCACCGCUCCUACGAUCCGCUUCAUCCUCGACUUUAGCCUCAUCCUCCUCGCAGACCUCCAUCAGCGAUGAAUCCACCGCGAAGAUCAGGCGCAAGACGCGUGCUGUGCGCGGUCUUGCCUUCGUAGUAUCGAUCAUUUCCGCUCUCUGCGCCGGAUCCAUCACCGUCUUCUCCCUUUACGGCCAUCUAUUCCAAUCUCGAUUACACUACACACAAUUUCAAAUCAAUGGAAUAGCUAGCGCUAUGAGCAUAUCCAUGUAUAUCCCAGUCCCGGUGAUUGGUUACAUGUGCGACCGAGUAGGACCUGGGCCUCUCUCCUUAUUGUCCUCCGUCCUGCUUGGAGGGGGCUACGGAUUGGCAUCUGGCUUAUAUCGUAAGGGGCUUGCAGAAGUUAGUAAUGGCAGUGGUAGGACUACAUUCUCUCCCAUGAUAUUGGCUUUCGUGGCUAUUGGUGUUGGCACCGCGUGCAUGUAUAUUGGUGCUAUUACGACCUGCGCGAAGAACUUUGGCAAGGGGAAAUACAGAGGACUCAUGCUUGUCGCUCCUAUCGCAUCAUUCGGCCUUGGUGGGAUGGUUCUCAGUCAGAUUGGUAGUCGGAUCCUCUACGAGACACAACCGGGCGGAGGACGGGGAGAUGUGAACGUGUUUCAUUUCUUCCUAUUCCUCUGUAUCAUCCUAUCCAUCAUUGGACUUAUUGGUACCUUCUCCUUACGGGUUGUAGACGAAGACGACCUCAUAGAUGAAGCGGUAGAGGAGCUUGAGAGGAGCGGGCUCCUCGAGGGAAGUGCGGUCUUCCGUCGCCGAGCCGAUCGUGAUUAUGGAACAAUCGAUGCUAUCGACGACGAUGCUGGGGUCAUGGAUCCGGCUAGGGAUGACGACGAGGAAGAUGAUAAUGCCAAGUUGAAAAAAGCCUGGCUUCUCAACGCCGAAACCCGAAGGUUUCUUACGGAUCACACGAUGUGGUGGUUUGCGGUUGGUUUCUGGCUCAUCAUCGGUCCGGGCGAAUCGUUCAUCAACAAUAUGGGUACUGUCAUUGGAACGCUAAAUUCCCCGAAUACGAAAUCGAGCGAAACCACGGCAGCUACUCAUGUUUCGAUCAUGGCCGCGGUAAGCACUGUUGCUCGUCUAGUCGCAGCAUCGUUAAGCGACUUACUAUCACCUAAUCCUCACACCCAACACGUCCAAACGGGAUUUCCUACCACCCUUCCGGAGCUGAGGCAAAAGCUAUCGAUAUCGCGUGUUGUUUUAUUCGCAGCUGCUGCCAUUAUCCUCUCCAUUGGUACGCUUGUACUGGCCUCUGGCGUGGUACAAGAGCAUGCUGAGCGAUUUUGGAUUGUUUCCGGUUCGAUUGGAGCUGGGUACGGAGCUGUAUUCAGCUUAACGCCUAUAAUAAUCACCAUGAUUUGGGGAGUAGAGAAUUUUGGCACAAAUUUUGGCAUCGUCGCUCUUACACCAGCACUGGGGUCUACAAUGUGGGGACUCAUUUACUCGGCAGUCUACCAAGCCGGCGCAGGAGAUUCAUCUUCAUUGGCAGGAAGCGAUGACGAGGAUGUAUUCUGCUUCGGCAAGCAAUGCUACUCGUCCACAUUCUGGGCCAUGACGAUUUGUAUUUGGAUUGGAACAGUCAUGAUCCUCUGGGCCUGGAAAGGCCGAGAUGGCUGGGCUAAGAGAGGUAUCGUGAUCUAGAAACACACCAGAUACAAUAUUCGUGUAUUAAGACAGAAUGUCAUUCAUGUAUUUGCGCAUACUGCUUUCAACUAGAAGUCAUUUUAUGUUCUUAGGCUUUCUUCGUAUAUGCUAGGUGUUGAUUCGUUUAGUUUUGAACCCCUGGAUAUGAAAGUUUGGACCGGGAUAUUAAACCAUAUGAUCGCUUGAAGAGCAAUCCGGAGUUUGAGUUAUUUCUUCGAUUUAUUUAUAUACAACCCUUCGAGCUCGGAGUCACAUCACGCCCACAGGCUGGACGGUGUCUAAAAAAGCAAAAACAGGUAACACGAGGAGCCGUAUAUGUAUGUCUUACUGUAGGAUGGUCAUGAGCGUGACAGUUAUAUUGGUCUCGUCGCUUGGGCCUACAUUUUGGAGAAGCAGAGGGAUUUAUGUCAUCUCUCGAAACUUCAGACAGUUAAGCUUACUCUUAAUAUAUUUGUCUUGGGGCUGACCCGGUCGUGUA